AUGUCAGACUACCCGCACACCGCAGACCGCAGACUUUUCCUCUUCGCAGGAACGCCUCUCGAUUCGGACCCCUUCCAGCCCUGCGCCAACCCGGUCAUCUUAGCAAAACUCGGGGUUAGCGGACUCGGUUACCGCCCACGUCGUGAUCGUGGUUCCGCUGGACGAAGCCGGCAACCGCGCGCUGACGCAAGCAGUGUUCCGCUGAGCGGAGGACAGCGGGCGCCCGUCGUUUUCGUCGUGGGCAAAUCCGCCGGAAACGCGCCCAGCGGAACAGUCAUCUUUUCCGCGCGCGCCAACGCGGCGUCUGCGGACUGUAACGGCUGGAACGCGUACUGCUCGCUGGACGGCUCGGCCUCCUACCCCUGCGGUGACGUCAGCAACUCCUUCCUGGCCGCGUCCGCGUUUACGAACAUCAAAGCGGGGCUCCACGUGGCGACCGUUCUCUUCACAAACGCGCUUGGUGGCGCCGCUACGCUGACCUUCUCCUGGGACCGCCGCUGUCGAGAUCCUCGGGCCCGACUCGCCGAUCCCGCGGAAUCCGUUCCCGGUGCCGGGGACAGCGCCCCGAGCACCGCGUUCUCCUUUCGCGUCGUUUCGUUCGGGCGGAACGGAAUGGUAUCUGUCCAGAUUUUGCCCGGAAGCUGUGCCGACAGUCUGGACAGCCCAAACAGCGGUUCCGACGCUUUUGAGUUUCUGUUCGACAUAACGCGCGGCCUACCGAGCGCCGCCCCAGGCGCAUUUACAUUGCGCUUCGCCGCCCGGGACAACCUACUGGGAAUAGUCGGGACGGUGCAGACGUUCGCUUCGUUCCCAAAGGUGGCCAUCGGCCAGUCGGCCGUGUUCCAGGAAGUGACCGGAAGCCUCGCAACGCUGUGCCGGUUUCCGGAGGCGUCUCUUGCAGAACGGAACGGGAACGGAACCGGAACAGGCACUCCCGACCCAGCUUUGUGUCGACCAGCCAAGCGGAAGAGGAUCGGAGGCGCAUUUCGAGCCGUCCAGAGGUUGUCCGACGGCGCUCACGUGGCGCGGCCGCGACGCCGCCGCCUGCUUCGGCGCGCGCUGCGCCAGGCGGUGGACCGACGCGCGCCGGACGCACGGACGUCUGGUCAGGCGUUCGGGCUCCUCUUCGAGUCCUUUCGUCUUCCUAUCUGCACUGGAGGAGAACACUUGUUUAAAAGAAAGAUUUCAACUGCACAUGACGGCACGAAAGGGCGUUCGCAACUCGUGAACGCGUGCUCGCGGAGUGGGGCAGAUAUCGGACGCUUUGAAGCGUCCGACAGCGGUGUAGAAAAGAUCGAACGGCCCGGAUUAUCUGGACAGAGUUCUCAAAGGCUGAACCCACUUCUGCUGGGGGCGAGACUGGGUUGGCCUGUUGCGGACGGUGCGCGCGCGCUCGUCCAGAUGCUGCGGACGUGCCACGUGGGCGCGCUCGUGAGGCGGACGUGCCACGUGGGCGCGCUCCUCACGAAGCGGUGGUGUUUGCGGCGCUUCUCGCGGGGAGGGAGGCGCCACGUGGCGGGCUCGGAGCCGGGUUCAAACCAACGGAGCGGAGGCGUUCCGGAGCGGACCCGCGGGUAUCGGAACCUUGACGGAAGAGGAGAGGGUUUGAGUGCGGGGAUGCUGGGGCUUCAGAUUGUGGCCGUUGGAAUGCAGACGGGGUAUCAGUGGUGGGCAGCGUUUGCUGGGCUGAGAGCGCAAUGGAAGCUGUGGAAGGAGAGACGAGAAGUACAAGCAGAGAAAAGAAGGUCAACUGAGAUGCUCAGGAAGAAUGAAAAACAUUUGACGUCGAAGAGAGGACCAAGAGACCUUGAGUCUUUUUCGAGAGAUAAGGAGGGGCGGGUUGCUGGAAAUGGAAAAGAAGACAAGGAGGUCAGAGAAAGAGCAAGCGUGGAAGAGGCGCCAACGAGAACGGAAAUGGUUGCAAGAGGACGUGGGGCGGCUCCACGUGUCAGCCACACAAGGUGGCGCAACAAAGGGAAGCGGUGA